AUGUCCGAGCAGGAGGUACCUCCCUCUAUUGCGCAACGUAUUGUUAUCAAGUUUUUAGCUGCAGAAGGUGUAAAACCGGCCGAAAUCUUGAGAAGAUUGACUGCACAGUUCGGGGAUGAGACGCUGUCGCGAGCUAGAGUGUUUGCUUGGCACAAACAUUUCAUGGAGGGCCGUGAACGUGUUCAAAAUGAGAGCCAUGACCGCAGACCCCGCACCUGCAUUACAGCGGGCAACAUCGACAGUGUUCGUCAACUUGUUGAAGGUGAUAGGCGUCUAACAACUUCGGAUAUUGCAAUUAAGGUUGGAAUAAGUUAUGGGAGCACUUACUCUAUACUCUCAGAGGAGCUAGGGUAUCGCAAGGUGUGUGCCAGGUGGGUUCCUCGCCUUCUCACAGUUGACCAGAAACUGAAUCGUUUUCAAGUGUGUGAGCGUCUUCUUGCACAAUUUCGGGAAGAAGGAGACCCAUUUCUUUCUCACAUUGUCACCUGUGAUGAAACGUGGGUGCAUCACUACACCCCUGAGUCGAAACAAGCGAGUAAGGAGUGGAGGAAGAAAGGAGAAACCGCACCAGUGAAAGCCAAGUCACGAUUAUCGGCUGGCAAGGUUUUGGCUACCGUUUUUUUUGACGAGCGUGGCCUGCUGUACCUUGAUUUUUUGCAUGAGCGCAAAACAAUUAAUGCGGCAUACUACUGCAAACUUUUGACUGAGGUCAGACUUGCAUAUCGCCGCAAAAGACGAGACCUUCCGAUGAGAAAAGUGAUUCUCCUCCAUGACAAUGCUCGCCCCCAUACAGCAGCCGUACAAAAAUUGGAGCAACUGGGUUGGGAGACACUGCAACACCCUCCAUACAGUCCAGACCUGUCUCCCUGCGACUUCCAUGUCUUUGGUCCUCUCAAGGAAGCUUUGGGAGGGCAAAAAUUCCACAGCGAUAAUGAGGUUGAAGCAUAUGUGCGCAAUUGGCUACAAACACGACCUGACUCUUUUUACCUGGAAGGAAUUGAAAAAUUACCUAUACGCUGGGAGAAAUGUGUUUCUAAAUCAGGAGAUUAUGUAGAAAAAUAAACUAUGAUUGUUUGUGCGUUUAAAAUCAAAAUAAAUAUUUUAAAAAAUAAGUCUCGUUUAUAUUUGAU